AACCAACCACCAACAACAGGUAGAAGCAAGCUAGCCAGCCAGCCAGGCCAGUUCAACCUCAACGCAACGCAAGCUAGAGACAAAAGAGUGACUUGACACACUAUAUACGGUUUAUUUAUCAGAUAUCAGAUGAGCGUCACAUUGAUAUUUCAAACGUAGCCUGACUGUUUCUCUCAACGAGGGGACACGCGGUCGGAUAUACAAGGAUGGAUCCAGCUUUGCUUCGGGAGAGGGAGUUGUUCAAGAAGAGGGCCCUUAACACUCCUGCAGUUGAGAAGAGGCCAGCCCCCUCUGAAUCUAGCUCUUCCAAAAAGAAGAAGUCCAAACCAGACAAGGAGGCUUCAGGAUCCAAAAACAGUGCAGAUUCCAACAAUGGCUCCUUUAACUUGAAAGCUCUCACUGGUAGCUCUGGCUACAAGUUUGGAGUUCUGGCCAAAAUAGUCAACUACAUGAAGACGAGGCACCAGAAGGGAGACACACACCACCUGUCCCUGGAGGAGAUUCUGGAUGAGACCAAACUGCUGGACAUUGGCAUGAAGCAGAAACAAUGGCUGAUGAGCGAGGCUCUUGCCAAUAACCCAAAGAUAGAUGUGAAUGAUGGGAAGUAUGGCUUCAAGCCCAAGUACAAUCUGAAGGAUAAGAAGGCUCUACUGCGGCUGCUGGACAAACACGACCAGCUGGGUCAUGGAGGCAUACUGCUGGACGAUGUGGAGGAGGGCCUGCCCAAUUCAGCCAAGGCCAUCAAAGCUUUAGGUGAUCAGAUCAUAUUUGUUACAAGACCAGACAAGAAGAAGAUUCUUUUCUUCAAUGAUAAACACUGCCAGUUUACAGUAGAUGAAGAGUUUCAGAAGUUGUGGCGCAGUAUUCCUGUGGAUUCCAUGGAUGAUGAAAAAAUCGAGGACUACCUGAAGAGGCAGGGCAUCACAUCUAUGCAGGAGACUGGACCAAAGAAAAUGGCACCAAUUCAGAAGAGAAAGAAGGCAAGCCAGAAGGGAAGACGCUUCAAGACUCACAACAACCAUCUGGCUGGAGUGUUGAAGGACUACACGGAUGGAGAGCCCACCAAGAAGUGACCACACACGCACACUCGCUCCAUAUAGGGGGAACUUUUGAUUACAUGGAACUGAGUUUCAAGAGGAUUAUUUCUUUACCACAUACAAAACUACACACACAGAAAGAAAUAACAAAACAAAUAACAAAACAAAUAAAAAAACAAAAACAAAACAAAACAAACAAAACAAGAAAAGUGGACAUCAUAAGGCACUGCCGUUUUUCGCAGAGUUGAGCUCAGUGACAAAUGCAAAUGUGAACUGUUGUAAAUAUUUUCUUUAUUCUUUUAAGUUUGUUCUUAAGACAGUACAAAUGAUUCCGUUGAUAGCAUUUGAUUGGACGUCUUUCUAGACAGAUGAUUAAAGACAAACAUCAAUUGC